UCUGAACCAAACAGCCCAGUGUUCCCGCUCCUUCCCCUACCCCUCCCGCCUCCUUCCCCUGGAAGCCACCGCCAAAAACCCCAACCACCACAAACCCCCUCCCGGAGCCGCCGCAGCUCAGGCAGCCUGCCAGCCGCCGCCGAAGCCCUACAAUGGGGGCGAUGCGGUCGUGCCUGGACAGCUACGAAUUGCAGUCCAUCCUCGCCAACGGGUCGACGGAGAGCGCGUUUCUCCAGGCGGUCAUUGAUGACGACGUUCCCCGCCUCAAGGAGAUGGUGCGUGCAAUGGACGAGGAGGAUAGGGCUAAACUUGCGGACAUGGUUAUACUAGAGGGAUGUGGAAUGCUGGAAAUGGCCUCGUCCCUGUCCCAAAUGGAGGUCUGCAAGUACCUCGUGGAGGAGCUUGGUUUCGACGUCAAUCUCGGUGGCUUCCGUGGCGGUCCAACACCUUUGGCUGGUGCAGCAGUGUCUGGAGAAUUUAUUUCUGCCAGAUAUCUUCUUGACCAUGGAGCUGAUCCGAAUAAGAUAGAUGGGACAGGCUUUGCUGCUCUUCAUGCAGCUGCAAAAAAUGGGAAUGAAGCGAUAGUGCGUCUGUUGUUAUCCAGAGGAGCCACAGUUGAUAUAGCUGGCGUUCAUGGAACACCCCUGCACACUGCUGCUUCCUAUGGGAAUCCUGGUGCUUUGAAGAUUUUGUUGGAUCACCAUGCAGAUCCAAACAGGGUUUCAGAAGUUUCAGGUACCCCUAUAGUUACGGCUCUUGAUUCUACUAAGCAUGGGUUGAGUGAAUCUAUUUCACUGCAUUGUGUCAAGCUACUUGUCAAGGCUGGUGCUGAUGUGAAUUCCGCUAAUCCAGACACUCCCUUGGUGGUGGCAACCAAGUAUGGCUUGGCUGACUGUAUUAAGUACUUGCUAGAGGCUGGCGCAGACCCUAACAUUCCAGAUAAAGAGCAUGGCCACCUGCCACUACAAAUUGCUGCAAGCUUCGGAAAAAGAAGUCUUGUGGAGAUUCUAUUUCCUUUCACUUCUCCCAUCAGAGCUGUUGAAGAUCACCAUGAGUCGACCACGAGAAGUUCGCCGGAGGUCAGUUUCAGUGGGGAUGCUAGAACGAGUUUUCUGGAAGACUCACAAUCCUUCACUUGCUUUCUCUGUGUAUAUCCAUACAUGAAGCCACGUAACAAGACCAUGGAUAAGAUAGCUGAUCUGAAAUCGCAAGGAGAAAAUGCAGUUAAGAGAAAGGACUACCUUGGUGCUUCAAAAAUCUACUCAGAGGCACUUGAAUUAGACAAUUGUGAUGCAACCUUGUAUUCAAAUAGAAGCUUGUGCUAUGUUCAAAUUGGCAAAUCUCAGAAGGCUUUGCUUGAUGCUCAUGUUUGCAUUGCAAGACGACCCAACUGGGUGAAAGGUUACUACCGGAAAGGGGCUGCUCAUAUGUCGCUCAAGGAGCACAAGAAAGCAGUUGAGGCCUUCUUGGAUGGACUGAAACUGGAUCCAGGGAAUGCCGAGAUUGAGAAAGUAUUGUGGGAGUCUUUGGAGGCUAUGAAAAAGGAUCAUGCUGCUGCAGGAAAUCUCGAGGCAACAGAUUAGCUAGAAUCGUACUGUUUUCACAUGCCUUUUGAUGCGCUCCGUCUGAGUUUGGAUGCUAUGUUCUGGUGGCUUGAUCCCAGUUUCUUUGUAAAACUUCCGGAGGUGGAGGUCUGUUCGCCCAAAAUUGUGAAGCUUUUGUUGACGGUCGAGCGCACAGGUAGAUGAAGGGGGCAACUGUAACGAAGUUACAAUAUCUCAAUGGCACAUGUAUCAAAUGGUUCACAGCA